AUGGAGUCACUUGUUGUCGUACCUUCUCCAUCCGCUGUUGAAGAAUGCUUCACCAAGAACGAUAUAGUAUUUGCAAACCGACCUCACUCCAUGACUGGUGAUCGGUUUACCUACAAUUACACUGUCUUUGUAUGGGCUCCAUAUGGCCAUCUCUGGCGAUGCCUCCGCCGUCUCACUGUUGUUGAACUCUUCUCUUCAAACAGCCUCCAGAAGUCUUCUGUCAUUCGUGAAGAAGAAAUCCGUCUCCUCCUCCGCCAAUUAGUCAGUGCUUCAAAGAGUGGAAGCCAAAAAGUGAAUUUGAGAUAUUGGGUCUCUAUUUUUUCGUUCAAUGUCAUGAUGAGGGUGGUUGCUGGGAAGUGGUGUGUUAGAGAGGAGGAUGCAGGCUUGGAGAUGGAGAUGGGCAAGCAAACUCUUGAAAAUCUCAGGGGAUUAUUCUUUAUAAUCAGGCCCAUGAAUAUUUGUGAUUGCUUUCCAAUUUUGCGGUGGCUAGGCUACAAAGGGAUAGAGAAGAGAAUGAUAACAUUGCAGGGUAAAAGAGAUGAAUUCUUACAGGGUUUUUAGAUGAAAUUCGACUAAAGAAAACUCUUUCUUCCAAGUCCAAUUCCAUAAUGGAUGGCAUGAAGACGAAACCGUUGAUUGAAACUCUCUUGUCUCUCCAAGAAUCAGAACCUGACUUCUAUACAGAUGAUAUGAUCAAAAGUAUUAUAGUGAUAAUGUUUGUAGCAGGAACAGAAACAUCAACUGUGUCUGUAGAAUGGGCAAUGUCACUUCUUCUAACUCACCGGUAGGCAUUGCAUAAGGUGAGAGCAGAGAUUGACAACCAUGUUGGAUACGGGCGCUUGCUGAAGGACUUGGACCUUCCCAAGCUUCCUUAUCUCCGAUGCGUGAUCUAUGAGACCCUCAGAUUGUAUCCUCCAGCGCCACUUCUGCUGCCACACUUAUCAUCCGAAGAUUGCACGGUGGGGGGAUUUGAAAUUCCGCAAGGUACUACCUUGAUUGUGAAUGCUUGGGCCAUGCAUAGGGAUCCCAAAGUGUGGGAGGAGCCCAACAAGUUCAAGCUAGAGAGAUUUGAGGCAAUAGAAGGGGAAAAAGAAGGGUUCAGGUUCAUUCCAUUCGGGAUAGGGAGGAGAGCAUGUCCUGGAGCCGGUAUGGGCAUGAGAAAUGUUUCCAUAGCAUUGGGUGCACUUAUUCAGUGUUUUGAAUGGGAGGAAGAGGUUGGGCAAGAUAACAUGGACAUGAGCCAAGCCUUUGGAGGCUGUGUGCAGACCACGUGAAAGUUCAAUUCUCCUCCUCUCCCAACUUUGAGAUUGAAGUAUAGUUUAAGGUCUACAUUUCAAGCCGUUAAGUCAGUUAUGUGGCUUUUUUUAUCUCUUUUUUCAUUUUCCAUUUCUAAUGAAAAUCCUUAAGAGAUAUGUGGAUGUAAAAGUCGAAAAUGGAGAGACACUGAAGAUCGAUGUUCUGUUUAAUUUGAGAUUGUAAAUUGUAAUGGCAGCAU